AUGCAUGGGCAUGCGCACCACACCCAUGGACGCAAUGUGGAGGAACCAGAGGAGCAAGGAAAUAUUGAGGAACGAGCAGUCGUCGAGGAGCGAGGCGAUGUUGUGAUUGUUUACAAGACUAUGGAACCGGACUUUGAAGGCGAGGUGGGAGGUUAUGUGACCGGCGCCCAACCCAAGACUGCGACGCAAAUAAAUGCUGGUGUCGGUGAUCCUGUCAGCGCGCCUACAAGGACCAAGGAGCACACAACCGAGGCCAAAACUACCGAUGAGGCGACUACAACCAAGACGAAGGACGAACCCACUACCACCAAAGAGACCGUGGCCCAGACCAUUCACGAAACUAAGGCGGAGACCACCGAGACUAAGAAAGCAACCACUGCUACUACUGAGUCAGAGGCUCCUAUCACGACAACAUCUUUUGUGACUUCGGCAUCGUCCACCUCUGGAUCUUCCCAGGAUGUCAAUGAUCUUCUCACGGUUACCUCCACCGGAUCGACCAAAGACUCUGCCGCCUCGGCCUCAAGUACUGCUCUUGGGACUACUACUUCUGAGGGUAUGACUGGUGGCGCGAAGGCUGGUGUGGCCAUCGGUGUCAUCUUCGGUGUUGGUGUGAUCGCUGCCCUGAUUUUCUUCUUUAUCCGCAAGAAGAAGAGAAGUCAGGAGGGAUAUCAGCUGGAGAAUGAGAAGACCUUCGGUGGUGAAGGCCUGCCGGAGGGUAUCGCGGCUUCUUUCCCGCCCCCUCCUCCUUCCAAGCCGCAGACUCCUUCGACGCCCCCACAGCUUAACGUUCGUCCCGUCACUCAAUUCGCGCCUGAUUUGAGCGGUAGCGGUGCCUUGAACCCAGCCACUGCUGGUGCUUCCGGGGGUUUGACCCCAGCCACCGCUGCUGUUGCAGGUGUUGCAGCUGGCUCGGCCGCCGUCGCUUCUCGUAACCUCACUGGCGACACUCCGCCUCCUACUCCGCCAAAGUCUGCUGGAAGCAAGUCUGACCCGUUCAGUGACCCUGUCAAUCCUUUCAGCCCAGCCACCUCCCCUGUUACCCAGCCCGCGCCUUCGGUUUCUGAACCAGCAGCUACUGGAUCGACCGCCGGACCGUCUGGAUCGACCACUGAACCUUCUGUGCCGACCGUCGCAGCUGCCGCAGUCGGUGCCGGAGCCGUGGGUAUUGCGGCAGGUGCUGCUGCUUCAUCACGAGCGUCCAAUGAUUCCGACCGCUACCAUUCCGCCGAAUCACGUGGCCAAUCCCCCACUGGCUCAACCCAAUCUGCGACCGUCCCCACCGAUGCUCCUUCUGUCUCGCCUGUUGUCGCUGGCCCUGUUGCCGCAGGAGCUGCAGGCGCAGCAGGAGCCAUGGCUGCUGGCCCACCCCCUAACAAUGUUUACCGUGUGCAACUGGAUUUCAACCCCACUAUGGAGGACGAGCUUGGACUUCGCUCUGGAGCGCUCGUGCGCUUGCUUCAUGAGUACGACGAUGGAUGGGCUCUCUGCACGCGCCUUAAUAGCCCUCAACAAGGAGUUGCCCCACGGUCUUGCCUCUCGGCUCGUCCUGUGAUGCCUCGCGCCCGCCCUCCCCCUGGCGCUCCCGGCUCGCGCGGCCCACCCAUCAUGGGCCCUGACGGUCGCGCGAUGAUGCCUGGUGGUCCGCCGGGUCCAAGAUUCUAUCCUCAGGACGGCCGCCCGAGAUCCCCCGGUGGCGCUGGUUUCUCUGGACCUCCGCCUCCCCGCCCUUACCCUGGCCCUGGAUCUGCUGUCCAGUUCCCGCCAGUUCCCCGCUCUAUGUCGCCUGGGCCUGGAGGUAUGCCUGGGCCUCGCUCAAUGUCUCCCGGACCUGGUGGAAUGCCUGUUCCACGCUCAAUGUCGCCUGGAGCUGGAGGACGACCUGUCCCACGCUCAAUGUCUCCCGGUCCUCGUUCAAUGUCUCCCGGGCCCGGAGGAAUGCCUCGCUCAAUGUCUCCUGGUCCCCGGCCCGGCCCGCGCUCGAUGAGCCCUGGUCCAUACGGACCUCCCGGAAUGCAGCGGCCUGUGAUGCCUGUCAACCAACGCCAACGCAGCAAUAGUGCCGGCAACGUCACUCCUCCUAUGGCAGCGCCCGCUGCGCCUGCAGUUUCAAGUCCAUUAGCCGCUGCCGCUCCCGCUCCCGCUCCCACUGCGCCGGAACUUUCGAGUCUCCCAGCCGCUCCUGCACCUGCUCCGGCUGCGCCGCCAAUGCCAAGUCCCUUGGCUGCACCUACACCUGCUCCUACCAGCGAGCUUCCAGCUCUUCCGACUUCCCCGCCGACUUCUCCGUCCGGCUCGAUCUCGCGAAAGCCUGUCCCCACCCGGGACGCUUAG